GAAUGCAGAUAAAGUGUUUUUGUGUGCAGAUUUAUUGAGAAUAUAUAUGUCAUCUGCUCAACCAGAAAUGAUUAGGACCUAGAGGUACGGCAAUAAAAUGUCUUUACCUGUCAUUAUGCAUGAAGAAAUAACAAUUUAUCAUUAAUCAGAUGUGAAGCUUGUUACAUAUUUGACCGUUCUACAACAUUAGGAUCUAUACAAGGACAAGCAAGUGAUACUGUCGGGAUAUUACAUUGAGAGAAGGAAGAAAAAAACUUGAUAUUUAUAUAUGUACACCUGCAUUGAUUGUUCGCUUGCAAUUGGACAGGGAAGAAAAAUAAAUCAAAAACUGUGGAUUAGGCAAGCCGAAUGUAAUUGUGACCAAUCGCGGCAGUUGAAUAAAAAUAAAUAUUUAAUCGGAUAAAUAGCAAUAUCGCUUGAUAUAAAAGACAUUUUGUGUAUUUAAGAAUUUUACCUGUUUCAAAAUGGAACGAGGGCUACUUGAACGGAUUAGCAAUGCAUAAAGUAUGAUAUUCUUUUAAGGAAUAUACUGUAGCAGAAUAAAUUGCAAAUUCUCAAAGAAGAACAACUUACUGUGUCUGCAAUAGACAAUUACACUUCACAAAAAAGCAGAACGACGCCAUAAGUGAUAUCUUAUGAUCAAUGCCUCUUCCCUAUGUACUCGAAAAGUGUGUUGUAUCGCGUUCACUUUGUAAAAUAGGACGCAUAAGGUAAAGGAAUUCCAUCGUGAAUUGACUCGUGUUGGAUGAAAGUGAGGAAAUCUAAAAACAAAGAAAUCCACUCAAAACUAAGUGCAGUAGGAAACUGACAAACGACUUUAGUAUGCUCAUUAUCUACUUUGACUAACUACCUAAAGGAAACUAGAAAGACCUAGUUCACUAAGUAAAAUACUUACUACGUGUAAUUAGACUUAAUGUCGACACAGUCUAUUGUGUGACCUUUUGUUAUGCAGAAAUAGAUUUAAAUUGAUUCAUAUGCAGUUAUAAAAAGAAUAUAUAUGAAACAAGGUACAAUAUAACGAAGGAAGAAACAAGGUACAAUAUAACGAAGGAAGGAAGUUUGAUUAUCGGACACUAUAGCAGUAAAGAAAUAGCAUGAAUAGCGAUAGUCUGGAUUUUCCAAGUGAUCAUUAAAUAUUCACAAUUUGCAAAGAAAUCCAAUAUUUCAAGCGACUGCCAAGUUCUGAUUGGAUAUUGAAAUUUUGUGUAUAUUUGGUAGAGAUCUGGUGUAUCGUUCUUGCUAUAUCAAUGAAGUUUAUGUAGUAAAUACGAUUUAAAACCACCUAUACAUACUCCAUCAAUUACUAUAUUAUAAAACUCCAUUGAGACUAAUUCAGCUUAAAGUGAACCAUUAUUUAGUCAGCAGAACACGAGAAGAUCAAUCGUUCCGGCGACAUAGUUCAUCGCAUCAAUCGAGCGUUUGGAAUAUCCCGGCAACUGAAGGUUUGCAAAAUAGCAGUCCGACUAAUUACUCAUGUGAGACGACAAUUUGCUUAAAUGCAAAUGUCAAACGUCCUAACUUAUUAAUAGAUGUAAAGUUAAAUACAUGUUAGAGGAUUGUAUCGCAUCAUAUGUUUGUAAUAUUGAGGGAUUUUAACUUGUAUUUGUUGUUUACAUGAGAUGGUUCUACUUAUUAUUACAAGACGUAAUCGGUAUUCUUCAUAGAAAGACAACUGUACCUAAUGUGAAGCACAUAUGGCUUAGAAAAAUAUUAUAGAAAGGGAAAAAUAACUUUUUUUUUAUCACAGUGCAAAGUGGUAGACCACAUGUGAAUUCAAGAAAAAGUAUAUCAGGAUAGUUCCCGGUAUUUUAUAUGAUGGAAAGUCCAUGGGAAUCGCAAAGGGCAGAGGCUGAAAACGGGGAACUUUUGUCUGUUGAAGAAUCGGACCAUGAAGGAGAAAGACUGGUCCACAAACAACCGGUGGAGAUUGUUAAAAUUCAUGAAGCUCGGAAUGAAAGUUUUGGUAACCGAGUCUUACACUGCCUGUCUCAGGUUCCAUGUGCCUCCCUUAUAGCGUGGAUCAUCCUCCUUGUGGGACUUGGUGGUCUUACGGGAGGACUGUUGAUUGGGAUACAGAAAACACGUGAUCUAGUCGAUUCUGAACACUUACUAUGGUUUUUAGAAUAUGCAGUUGCCGGCGUAGUAGCCGGAAUGUUUGUAUUUGGGACAUUGCUUCUGUGUAUUGGUCACAUUUCUACUGACCCUACUAGUCGUCAUAUUUUCCAUACUACAAAAAGAAAUCUCUGUGCUCAAGGACUUAAUAUUACGAUGCUGGUAUUUAGCUAUAUCUUUGGUAUUGCCUGGGUUCUCCUGACUGCCAUUUUUGGAGUCCCACUUUACCUUCUCAUAAACAUUUUGAUCAUUGACGUUGAUCAAAUAAAUCUAGUCAAUUACGGUUUGCAGGAUAAAGUAUUUUCUGGAACAGACUUUGACGACUUUCUGGUUGAGGCGGAUCGCUUAUUGGUCAUCUACAUUACCAUCUUUGUAUCAUCCAUUUUGAUCACAGUUAGCAUGAUUCACUUUUUGAUCGUCAUUAGUUCUAAUUUGACACAUCUAAAGGAUACACGACUUGCCACCUUGAAUGCCUACGCCGAUCAUACAGAGAUGCAGAAUUCCAAGCACUCCGUGGUUGAUACGACAAUGUGACGUUACGUUACCAUGGAAGGGACGUUUCUCUGACAUCCAGUCUUUUAUUACGGCAUUGGGACAGUUCGAUGGAUGUGCUCUGGUUGAGGCCACAUGCUAUUUAUUUGAAAAUAAAAAAAAGUAUAUUGCUCAAUGAGCAUUACAAUAUCUAUAAUAUUCAGUUAUACAGAUGUCUUUACAAUUUGUAAUACCAUAAAGAAAAACUUCAUAUUUGCAAUGUGCAUGUGACCUCACCUUCUGAUUAUUAUCCUCGAAACAUUUAUUUCAGAAUUUUCAAGAAAUAUAUUUAAGGAGUCGUUAUAAGAAACUAUAUGUUGAUAUACGCGAUGACAAUGUAUCUUUGAAUUUAUAUACUAGAAAGUAGAAAUGAACACUUGUUUGCCUGUCAUAUUACCAUAUAACAAGAUAAGUAUGUGAUUAAAGAAAGAUAACUCGUAUUGGCUAUUAGUGAUCUUUUUUUUUAUUCGCAAUCAACAAAAGAAAAAUUGAACAAACAACCAUAUGCCUGUGUCAAGGACUGGAUCAUUUCCAUAUGAUCUUUAACGUUCCCUUUCAUGUAAAGAAAACUUGCAGCUUAGUGUGCUUUAUAGUAUUCUGUUUUCUUUGCAAUUGUCAGGACACAUUAUAGGCAUAUGUUGUGGUUCUUUUUAAGUGCAAUAGUAGAAAAAUCUUCGUAUUGUCAUAUUCGAAAUUUAUGUUGGCUUGAGGGAAAGUCUAGAAAUUCGGUAAGACCUUUAUGAUUUUCGAAGGAACGGACUUGGGGAAUCAAUCUUAUAACAAAAAAUUAUUUAGGAAAAGUUUUGACAAAUUUUGAAGUACACUAGACUUAAAAUUUUAUCGAAACUUUCCUUUACGAUUAAAAAGAAAAUUGAAGGAUCGGGAUUUAUAAAAACAAAACAAAAAAAAAUUGUAAUAGUUAUCAAUUAAACGAACCACAUAAUUUAGAAAGAUUAUGCAAAGGUUUCGAAUUUGACAAAAUGUUGUAGUGUAACAAAUUAAGUAAAGAGUUGCUUCUGAUUGUAAUAGGUAUUGUAUUUUAUAGUCUUUUUAAAUAAUUCUUUUUUUGAAAAUACCUUGUAUUUUGAAUCUCAUAUAAAAAUUCUUGUGUUAGCUUUUCAUUGCCAUUGGUCUGUACCUUUUUCCUUGUAUCAUAUUAUGCAAUUUAAACAUAUUUAGUUGUACGUUUUGAAAUUUCUUAUAAAUAAAUACAUUUUACAACAUUAUAUUAAGAAUAUAUUUAUACUUAAUUUCAAUGGUCAUCUUGUUAUAAAAUAUAUUCAAGUUUUAUUAAAAUACACACAUGUAGUAAAUUUUUAAUUUGAAUUUGGUUUUUGAAAUAUAUACAUAAACUAGAUUGUAAACAUGAAAAAUGUGGCAUUGUCUUUAACACCAUUUUGGCUGUACGUUAAAAGCUGUUGUUAUAUAGAUCAAUAGUAUAAUGAGGUAGAAAAUGUUAUGAAUUAUGUUUAUAAAUGAUAAUUGACAUAAACACAUGACAUUUUCAGAUAUAUACAUAUUGACUUUUUCUUAUUUUGUUUUGUUAUAAAAUAGGCAGCUAAAUUUACAAGACUACUCUUUACAACUGUAAUAAGUUCGUUAAAAAUUUUAAAAAAGUAUUUUGGAAACUAAUCUUGAAAUACUUUUUUUCUCCCGUUUAAACUUUUUAUAUGAAAUAAUAUAUAAAUAUAAAAAAAGUUGGAUGUAGCAUAUUUCAAUGACUAUUUUUAAAACCUUCUUUUGAUUACAAAAUUAAAAUAGUUUCAAAUAUUCAAAAUAAUUUUACAGCUGUAAAGAAGUCUUUUGUGAAUUCCCGAGUGUAAAUGUUCAGGACGCAAAUUUGUCUCUUUCCAAUUAAGUGUAAACUGUGUAUUUAUAUUAUCCAGCACAUGUACAGAUAUAUGUGUUUGUCUGUGUGCUUUAAGUGUGUAUGCAUUGUGAAACAAUGUACAUUGCCUUUAUAUGUUACAGAACUAGUAGUGUAAGCAUUUACUGAGUUUAUAACUUUAUGAAUUGAUAUUUUAUUUUGAAAAAGGAAAAAAAAUGAAGUGAUACUAGCUGUUAAAUUGUUGUCUUUGAAAGGGUAAUGUUAACUUUAUCUGUUGUAGAAGUAUUUAAACAAGUUAAAUCAGGAAAAUAAUAGUUAUGCCCCUUGGGGUAAUUUCUGUGUAAGAAAAUGGCAGUUGUUUAAGUUUAAUCUAAUAUGACUAAAAUUCAGGAAAAUUUCAAUUUUAAAUUCAAAUGUUAUGUAAAUACCCAGUACUUGUUACAUUUGUUGUUUGAGGUUAAAGUAUUUGUUUUCAAGUUGUUAUCUAGAAAUACCUAAAGGGGAUAUUUAUUUAGAUAUCAUAUUGCUGCACGUUAUUCUUUGAUAAUUAAAGCAAACAAAUAAUUGGUAAAUGGAAUUAAGGAAGAAAAAAAAUGAUCUAAAAAUUUAUACGUAAAAUGAAAAUAUAUAAAAUAGAUUUCAUUGUAACUGUUAUUUUUCAAUUACUUUAAUCUGAACGUUAUAGAAUAUAGAGAAUGUUUAAAAUAAAAAAUUCAAUGAAGAAAAAUCUAGACAGUAAUGUAUGAACUAAAGACCAUCAAAGAUAAUGAAAUAAAUUUUUAUACAUAUUACAUGGAAUGUCAUGUAGUUGCUUGCAAGGCAGACUAUAUAAAACUCUUAAAUGAUCAAAGUCAAAUUAAAUUGAUAAAACCUCGUGACACAUGGAGGUGGAUAUAGGUAAUGGAAAAUAACUUCUUUAUGACGUGAGGAUAAGAAAUAAAUAAAAAUGAAUAAAUAUGCAGACUCAAUACUAUUUAUAACGUUGUGUAUAUGUUCCUGUUAAAUUGACAUCAUUCUUACCUUGUUAAAGUACUAAGUGCCAGUCUUUAUGUUUUUAUUCUUAAUCCUAAAAUUUUUAAAUGCAUACAUAUUAAUUGUUGUUUGAUAUUGUAGUAUUGUUAAAGUACACUUGUUAUUUAUUUAAAAUGGGUAGAAUUGACAGAUUGAAAUGGAUAAAAUGUUCAUGUUGACAAUAAUUUAUUACUGAUGUAGUUGAGAUAAAUAGAUACUUCCGUGAAAAUUAUGACAAAUCAUACAAUGAAGCAAUAUCCAUCACAUAAACAUACACCAUUACAAUGUUUUAAUUCAUUAGUGAAAUAAACAGCUGUAAAUCAUGUAUACUAACACCUCUUUAAAUCAACACCCAAACUAUAGGUUCAGACAUGAUAGUGUACAACACAAGUUCAUAUUAUGUAUUUUUCAGAUAUCAUAGCUGCAAUUUACAAGACUUGAGUUAACAAUAUUUCCACUAAAGAUACUAGAUGAACAAGUAGAAUUACAGAGCACAAUCAACAACUCAAGAACAAGAAGCUAAAAACCCUACCAACAUAUCAUUGUACAAAAUUAUAACACCAAACUCAUUGCGACUUCAAACAUUUGAACGGAAAAUCAUAUUAAAAGAAAAAUCAAUAUUUCAUAGUCGGGAUAAAAACACUGAUAAAACAUUACUAUGACCAUAUAUUCAAGACAAAUUGCAAACUUCACAAGGGAAACAGACUCAUUAUUAUCUUUCAUCAUUUUCUCAUUUUAAUUUUAUUUUAUUAUAACAAUUAUAGUUAGAUUAAGACAUUUUGGUCUUUUCUCUAUUUUCAUAGAAUUGAGAUUAAUAGAUUUAUUUAUGUAUGGUAAAUAAAGUGUUCAAUGUCUAAA